CCCGCCCCCGCCGCGCAGGUUUGGGUGAGAGGCGAUCGCGGCCGGGCAUCGCGGCGGGCGCCGGCGGAGCGGGAGGGACCGGCGGGACCUGACUUGUCGCGGCCGUAUCGCGACAGGUGCGUGGAUCGCGACAGCUGACGCUUGCCCUCGCAGCACCAUGCUGGCCAACGCGGCCACCAUGCGGAUCCUCAUCAAGGGGGGGAAGGUGGUGAACGACGACUGCACGCUGGAGGCCGACGUCUACAUCGAGAACGGCAUCAUCCAGCAAGUGGGCCGCGAGCUGAUGAUCCCCGGCGGGGCCAAGGUCAUCGACGCCACCGGCAAGCUCGUCAUCCCCGGCGGCAUCGACACCAGCACCCACUUCCACCAGACCUUCAUGAACGCCACCUGCGUGGAUGAUUUCUACCACGGCACCAAGGCAGCCUUGGUGGGAGGGACGACGAUGAUCAUCGGCCACGUCCUGCCCGACAAGGAGACCUCGCUGCUGGACGCCUACGAGAAAUGCCGCAGCCUGGCCGACCCCAAGGUCUGCUGCGACUACGCCCUGCACAUGGGCAUCACUUGGUGGGCGCCCAAGGUGAAGGCGGAGAUGGAGACGCUGGUGCGGGAGAAGGGGGUGAACUCCUUCCAGAUGUUCAUGACCUACAAGGACCUGUACAUGCUGCGGGACAGCGAGCUCUACCAGGUCUUCCGAGCCUGUCGCGACAUCGGGGCCAUCGCCCGGGUCCACGCCGAGAACGGCGAGCUGGUGGCUGAGGGAGCCAAGGAGGCGCUGGACCUGGGCAUCACGGGGCCGGAGGGCAUCGAGAUCAGCCGGCCCGAAGAGCUGGAAGCUGAGGCCACGCACCGCGUCAUCACCAUUGCCAACAGGACCCACUGCCCCAUCUACCUGGUGAACGUCUCCAGCAUGUCUGCGGGGGACGUCAUCGCCGCCGCCAAGAUGCAAGGGAAGGUGGUGUACGCGGAGACGACCACGGCGCACGCCACGCUCACCGGCCUGCACUACUACCACCAGGACUGGUUCCAUGCCGCCGCCUACGUCACCGUGCCGCCGCUGCGCCUGGACACCAACACCUCGGCUUACCUCAUGAGCCUGCUCGCCAACGACACGCUGAACAUCGUGGCCUCCGACCACCGGCCCUUCAGCACCAAGCAGAAGGCCAUGGGCAAGGAGGACUUCACCAAGAUCCCCCACGGCGUCAGCGGGGUGCAGGACCGCAUGAACAUCAUCUGGGAGCGAGGCGUGGUCGGGGGCAAGAUGGAUGAGAACCGCUUCGUGGCCGUGACCAGCUCCAACGCCGCCAAGAUCCACAACCUGUACCCCCGCAAGGGCCGGAUCAUCCCCGGGGCCGACGCCGACGUCGUGGUCUGGGACCCCGAGGCCACCAAGACCAUCUCGGCCAGCACCCAGGUGCAAGGGGGGGACAUCAACCUCUACGAGAACAUGCGGUGCCACGGCGUGCCCCUGGUCACCAUCAGCCGCGGGCGCGUGGUCUACGAGAACGGCGUCUUCAUGUGCGCCGAGGGCACCGGCAAGUUCUGCCCGCUCCGCUCCUUCCCGGAUUCCGUCUACAAGAAGCUGGUGCAGCGGGAGAAGAGCUUAAAGCUGCGGGGGGUGGAUCGCACCCCUUACCUGGGGGACGUGGCCGUGGUUGCGCAUGCCGGGAAAAAAGAGACGGGGACCCCCCUGGCCGAUACGCCCACGCGGCCCGCCACGCGGCACGGGGGCAUGAGGGACCUCCACGAGUCCAGCUUCAGCCUCUCCGGUUCGCAGAUCGAUGACCACGUUCCAAAGCGAGCUUCGGCCCGGAUUCUCGCUCCCCCCGGGGGCCGGUCGAGCGGGGAUUUGGUAGAGCCGGGGAGCUGUCCCCCAAAUGAGGAGCCGGGACCCCCGGCUGCGGCGGGGCUGCCCUGGCAGCGCGGGGCCGCGGCCCUGGCCCGGGGGCCGGGGGGGGCCGCGGGCAGCGGGGCGGGGGGGGGGCUCAGCCCCGGCCCUUUUCUGUUUGCACGUUGGGUUUGGAUCAGUGAAUUUUUGAGUUGUUUGUGCAUCCCGUGGAGAUACUCUGAAGUGGUUUGUGUCACUAGCGUUAGGGGAGCAGCAGGGACCCCCCCACACACAUACACCCCCCCCCCCCCCCCACACACACACACGCCCCGGCAGCGAGCGGCGGCACGGCGCGCACACGCCUCCGGCACACGCGUGUGUGUGUGUGUGUGUGUGUGCGCACACACCGGUGCAUCCUUCCCGGCCAAGUGCCGGCGGGGUCCCGGCUGCCAGCCGUGCGUGGGUGUGCACACGUGUGUGUCGCGCCACGCAGGGUCGCAGAGGAUCGUCGCACAGGCGUGUGCACACGCGGGCAUCCCUCCGUGCAAGGCUCCUCCCGGCCACGUGGGCACACGCCCACGUCGCACCGUGCGGGGCCUCAGUGAGGAGUGUGCUGCACACACGUGUGCUCACACAUGCAUUGCACGCGUGUACCCACACCUACGUUGCACCAUGCAUGGUGUCAGUGAGAUGUUCGCUGCACACGUGUGUGCAUGCACAUACAUUGCACCGUGCGGGGUCUCAGUGAGGUGUUUGCUGCACACACGUGUGCCCAUACGUACAUUGCACCAUGUGUGAUCUCAGCGAGGUGUUCACUGCACACGCGUGUACUCACACAUCCAUUGCAUGUGUGUAGUCACGCACGCAUUGCACCAUGUGUGGUCUCAGUGAGAUGUCCACUGCACACACGUGUGCUCAAACAUGCACUGCAUGCAUGUACCCACACAUACAGUGCAUCAUGCAUGGUGUCAGUGAGGUGUUCGCUGCACACACAUGUGCACGCACGUACAUCACACCGUGUGUGGUCUCAGUGAGGUGUUUGCUGCACACGUGUGUGCUCACGCAUACAUUGCACACGUGUGCACACGCAUACACUGCACCGUGCAUAGCCUCAGUGAGAUGUUUGCUGCAAACACGUGUGCCCACACGUACAUUGCACCAUGCAUGGUCUCAAUGAGGUGUUUCUUGCACACGCGUGUGCUCACACACAUCACACCGUGCGUGGCCUCAGUGAGACGUUCACUGCACACGGGUGUGCUCACGCACACAUCACACGCGUGUGCACACACACACAUUACACCAUGCGUGGCCCCAGUGAGACGUUCGCUGCACCCACGCGUGCUCACGCACACAUCACACGCGUGUGCACACAUGACCCCCUCGCCCGGUGUCCCCGCCCAUGCCCGCGUGUCCCCGGGGGGCGGGUGGGGGGGUGGUGGGCACGGGUCGGGGUGCUCGUGGCUGCGGCACAGCGGGGUCCCCGUGCGUGUCCCCCCCCCCCCCCAAAGCCACGCAGUGGUGCUCGGGGGUCCCGCCGCCCCCCGCCGCCCCGGGCUCGUGUCGCCGUGCGUUGUCCCUUGUGCACUGUCCCCUAGAUGGUCCCUGUAGGUGUGGGGGGGCCGGGUGGGCGCAGCCGGGCGGGGGGGGCCCUGCCCCCCCCCCAGGUGGUUCCCUAUCGGCCCUUUUAGGAUCCCGCAGUCCGUUUCUGUUUGCUCAUUAAAGACGGUUCUCACAGC